AUGGAAGAUAUUCAAGAUAGGUAACGGGACAGAAUUAAAGCAAGAUUUAUAACUUUUCAAUAUUACGCAUGUUACGUUACAAAAAAGCUAUGCUAUAAAGUCAAUUCUAAGAAAAGGAAGUUGUUACAACAGCUAUUAAAUUUACAUCUGAAUAUUUAUUAUUCAAAGGAAGUUUACAGUGCACAGCGUGUAAAAUAUACUAUUUAACUUCUAGCUCAGCGAAAGAGUUAUGCUGUGCUGACCAAGUGAUAUAUGGCUGUCACACUGUUGGUAACAAAGUUAACAAGGUAAGACAAUAUGUCAAAAUACACAUAUAUAUUUUUGUAUGUUUAGAACAAACUUAUAAAUUUAAUACAGACACAACAACUACUGGCUAUAGAUUGUUAUAGUCAUAUAGAGUUUUUGUCUGCGUCAUAGGUUGUCAGAUUCUCGCCUGCCUAGUCUUAAGGCAUACAACAUUGUAGUUUUCUUAAUACAUCUAUUUACGCUCAAUCGAAAGCAAAUUCGACUGUGUCAUACUAGCUUUUAUAACUAGAUUAACUAUACGUUUGUAAUUUUACACAGACGGUGUCAAGACCUUCAACAUCAGCAUUUGAAUACGCUGUGAGUGAUGUACCGUUGCCUUAA